AUGAACUCUCUCUAUCGUGAACCACAACCACAAGGGACAUUGCGUGUGAUCUGCAUCUCUGACACUCACACGAAACACCGUCACCUUCAAAUCCCACCGGGAGACGUGCUGCUGCAUUGUGGAGACAUGACAAACCAAGGAACACACGAUGAGAUUCGAGAUUUUAAUGACUGGCUCGGGAGUUUACCACAUAAACACAAGAUUGUUAUUGCAGGUAACCACGACGUUUGUUUGGAUGCAGUCGAGUACGACCAGCAUUGGGACAGGGCGUUCCGUCACAAGAAGUACAAUGACCCUAGUUUGUCGAGAAACUUAUUCACCAAUUGCACAUACUUGGAGAACCGCUCGAUUAUGAUUGAAGGUAUCAAGAUUUACGGGUCUCCUAUGACUCCGUCCAUUCCUGGACGAGCAGGGGCGUUCCAGAUGGCUCGAGGGUUUGCUGAACAACAACAUUGGGCCAAGGUCCCAGCGGAUAUUGAUGUCUUGGUGACACACGGUCCACCGCAUGGUAUCUUGGACACGACUUUUACAUGGUUGCAUGUUGGCAGUGAAGCACUUCUGAAGGAGACGAUGACUCGAAUUCGACCUCGUUUUCAUAUUUUUGGACACAUCCAUGAAGCUUAUGGAGCUACUCGUAUGGGCCAAACUGUUUUUAUCAAUGCCGCUAGUAAUACUUUACUCGCCAAACCUCGUCAUUUACCAGUAGUACUGGACAUUCCCGUCAAAUAUUCACAAUAG